AUGAGCAAGAGGGAAGCCUUAAAAGCUCUUCUUGAUUACAUUGACGAUCAUUGCUGCUGGGGCCGACGCCCUGCGAAGAAAUUAGAAGUCAAGUCAGUCACAUCGUCGACUGCUUUUAAGUACCAAAUUGCUUCUUACACAGAGACAAGGAGGAUCCAUGGAGGGUGGAUUGACGAUGAUGGCGAAGUCUCACGCAUGUGGGACAUCGCCGUACCGAAACCGUUUUACCCUGAAGACGAGGCGUCGAACCCAGUGGAGUACGAGGUCGACAGUACGUACGAUACAAAACUAAACCACACGGAAGAAGUUUGGACUUGCCAUAGAUGUAGAGGCAGCGGCCGUGUUCGAUGCACGCGCUGCCGUGGAAGUGGGCGAAUCAAUAGAACAGAUUCAGAGGGUCGACAAUAUAGAGCAAACUGUCCGAGAUGUUAUGGUUCUGGGCGAGUGACAUGUGGAACUUGCGACGGCUCUGGUCGACUCGUUUGGUACAAAGUCGUGGUCACCACUUUUAAGACAAUCUUCGAUGAUUAUAUAUUUAUGACAAAAAUGGACGAUGACGUUAUUCACGCAGCAACAGGCGACAAGAUUAUGUUCUCUGCUGGAAGAAGGGUCGGCGCCAUAACUCACUUUGAGCCAGAAGAAGUCGCUCAGAAUUCCAAGCGAUUGGUAGGAAGACAUAGAGGACUCAACAAUGGAAGAUGCAAUCUCUGGCGAAUGACUCAUAAACUUCAAUCUGUGCCUGUUUUUGAAGUCAAAUACGAGCUCGACGAUGAUGAUGGAAUCUUCUGGAUCGCGGAUUAUCCUGCUCAAUGCUGCUGUAUUUGUAACGUUCCUGGAUGCUUCAACAACUGUCAUAAAUGUAACAACUGCGUGCUUCUCUAA